UGCCCUACUGAUUUAUAUAAUUCCAACAUGGCCGCGUCCUGUUAGUGAGGUUAGCCAAACGAGCCUUCACAAUCUCCCGAACAUUGUGUCUGUCUUCUCGUCACAAUGUGGCCACAACUUGGCACCGUUUGUUCUACAAACAUGUUAGUUUGCAGAAGAAGCUUGUUGGCUGCCGCUCUUUUCAAACGUCGCCGAGGAGCAGCCCAGGCUAAUCACGUUCGUCACCUGAGCCGUUGCAAAGCUCUGGUGUAUGCAAACCACGGAGAUCCUUCUCAUGUCAUUCAGUUGGAGAAUGUGGAUCUUCCCCCAGUGGGUCCAAAGGAUGUCCUGGUUAAAAUCAUGGCCGCUCCCAUCAACCCGUCGGACAUCAACAUGAUCCAAGGGACGUACGCUAUCCUGCCCGACCUCCCGGCCGUUGGUGGCAAUGAGGGGGUGGCCCAGGUGGUGGAGGUGGGCGGAAAGGUUACAUCUCUCCAAAUAGGAGACUGGGUCAUCCCGAGAGAUUCUGGUUUGGGGACGUGGAGGACGGCAGCCGUGCUGGAUGAAGAUUACUUGAUCUCAGUGCCCGGUGACAUCCCCCUGUUGGCUGCUGCCACACUGGGGGUGAACCCCUGCACUGCCUUCAGGAUGCUGGCCGACUUUGAGGACCUCGAGCCAGGUGAUUCGGUGAUCCAGAAUGCAGCCAACAGUGGCGUGGGGCAAGCGGUUAUUCAGAUUGCAGCAGCGAGGGGGAUAAACACCAUCAAUGUGCUCCGAGACAGGCCGGAGUUCACUCAGCUCAGUGACAGGCUGAAAGCCCUCGGAGCAAGUCACGUGAUCAAGGAGGACGCACUGAGGAGGCCCGAGAUGAAGGAACUCUUUAAGACAUGUCCAAAGCCUAAAUUGGCUUUGAAUGCCGUUGGAGGAAAGAGUGCCACCGAGCUGCUCCGUCAUCUCCAGGUUGGAGGGUCCAUGGUGACCUACGGGGGGAUGUCCAAACAACCUGUGACUGUCCCUGUGAGUGCUCUUAUUUUUAAGGAUGUGAAAGUGUGUGGCUUCUGGGUGACGCAGUGGAAGAGACAACACUCACACGGAGCAUUCAGGGUCAUGCUGGAUGAGUUGUGCGCCCUCCUCCGCCAGGGAAAGCUUAGCGCUCCCGCCUGCACCGAGGUGGCUCUGGACGACUACCGCCGAGCUCUGGAUGGCGCCGUACAGCCUUUCACCUCCGCCAAGCAGAUCCUGAUCACGUGAAGACUCCUUCCACGCAACAUUUAAUGUCAACGAUCAGGUUUAAAGUUCACUAUGUAGAAUCAUGACCCUCUAGACUUCGGAGUGGCUUUACUGGCUGACUUUAAUGAGCUGUUAAGUCUUUACAAGUAAUAAGAGGCAUCAUCCAGAACUGAAUCAUUCAGGUUUUUAUCAUAUGUCGUAAUACAAUAUAGCAUUACACACAGUACAGCAGUACAGUUAAAAAUAACCUGUGUAUUAUUUGUUGGCUGUAUUAAACCGCAAAACAUACAUUUAUUCACUGGAAAUGAGUAAUUGAACAAUAUCAUUCACUGUUGUAUGAAAGCCACACAGGUAAUAUAUGAAGCCAGAGGUUGUUGUUUCUUACCUUAAUUAUGAUUACGAUGUGAUUAAAUCAUCAUAUCUACUUGUCACGUUAUUUAGCUAACAUUAAAAUGCAAACAUUAAGUCAUUCAAAGGCUACAAUGUGUAUUUGAAGCUGAUGAGGUCAACAUAUGGGCUCAUACAGUAAAUAAAAAAAGUCUAAACA